AAAAGGGGGCGGGAAGGGCUGUGGGGCACCUGUCAAUUCGCCACCAUGAACGUGGUUUUUGCUGUGAAACAGUACAUUUCUAAAAUGAUAGAGGACAGUGGACCUGGUAUGAAAGUACUUCUCAUGGAUAAAGAGACGACUGGAAUAGUGAGUAUGGUAUACACACAAUCAGAGAUUCUUCAGAAGGAAGUGUACCUCUUUGAACGCAUUGACUCUCAAAAUCAAGAGAUUAUGAAACACCUGAAGGCAAUUUGUUUUCUUCGACCUACGAAGGAAAAUGUGGAUUUUCUGAUUCAGGAGCUCCGAAGACCCAAAUAUAGUAUAUAUUUUAUUUAUUUCAGUAAUGUGAUCAGCAAGAGUGAUGUGAAGUCAUUGGCUGAAGCUGAUGAACAGGAAGUUGUGGCUGAGGUUCAGGAAUUUUAUGGUGAUUACAUUGCUGUGAAUCCUCACUUGUUCUCCCUUAAUAUUUUGGGUUGCUGCCAGGGUCGAAAUUGGGAUCCAGCUCAGCUAUCCAGAACAACUCAAGGGCUAACAGCUCUCCUCCUGUCUCUGAAGAAGUGUCCCAUGAUUCGUUAUCAGCUUUCAUCAGAGGCAGCAAAAAGACUUGCUGAAUGUGUUAAGCAAGUGAUAACUAAAGAAUAUGAACUUUUUGAAUUCCGGCGCACUGAGGUUCCUCCAUUGCUGCUUAUAUUAGAUCGCUGUGAUGAUGCCAUUACCCCAUUGCUAAACCAGUGGACAUAUCAGGCCAUGGUCCAUGAACUAUUGGGCAUAAACAACAAUCGGAUUGAUCUUUCCAGAGUGCCAGGGAUCAGUAAAGACUUGAGAGAAGUGGUUCUUUCUGCUGAAAAUGAUGAAUUCUAUGCAAACAAUAUGUAUCUGAACUUUGCUGAGAUUGGUAGCAAUAUAAAGAAUCUCAUGGAAGACUUUCAGAAGAAGAAACCGAAAGAACAGCAAAAACUAGAAUCAAUAGCAGACAUGAAGGCAUUUGUUGAGAAUUAUCCACAGUUUAAGAAGAUGUCUGGGACUGUAUCAAAGCAUGUGACAGUGGUUGGAGAGCUAUCACGGUUGGUCAGUGAGCGGAAUCUACUGGAAGUUUCCGAGGUUGAGCAAGAACUGGCCUGUCAAAAUGACCAUUCUAGUGCUCUCCAGAAUGUAAAGAGGCUUCUACAGAAUCCCAAAGUGACCGAGUUUGAUGCUGCCCGCCUGGUGAUGCUUUAUGCUCUACACUAUGAGCGCCACAGCAGCAAUAGCCUGCCGGGACUAAUGAUGGACCUCAGGAAUAAGGGUGUUUCUGAGAAGUAUCGAAAGCUCGUGUCUGCAGUUGUGGAAUAUGGUGGUAAACGGGUCCGAGGAAGCGAUCUCUUCAGCCCCAAAGAUGCUGUGGCUAUUACCAAACAGUUCCUCAAAGGACUGAAGGGAGUAGAAAAUGUAUAUACACAGCACCAACCUUUCCUACAUGAGACCCUGGACCAUCUCAUCAAAGGAAAGCUGAAGGAAAACCAGUACCCUUACCUAGGCCCCAGCGUACUCAGAGACAGACCUCAGGAUAUCAUCGUGUUUGUAAUUGGAGGAGCUACCUACGAAGAGGCUCUAACAGUUUAUAACCUGAACCGUACCACUCCUGGAGUAAGGAUCGUCCUGGGAGGAACCACAGUACACAACACAAAAAGUUUCCUAGAGGAAGUUUUGGCUUCUGGACUGCACAGCCGAAGCAAGGAGAGCUCUCAAGUUACGCCGAGGUCAACAAGCAGGAGGUGA